CGUUCAAGAUUGAUAAAUGCCAAUCCUCACGUCGCAACUUACGUACGCAAGUUGUACGUUAGUUUUCUGCCGUACGCGAGCUUGAUAAAUGAGGGUCAUUGUGCGCUCAUGUUUUCGGCCACGUUGCCACCUACGCCACUGUUACGUCAUCAGGCGGCGCCGUGCUGUAUCUGUAGUCCAGCAGAGAGUAGGCGAGUGAUAACAUGAGUUUAUUGAAAAUUGUGAUUUUUCCGGAGCAGUUGCAGACGGUGUGAGCCCGGUGAGUAAACAUGUGUUACUUCUGUUUGCUCGGCGGAAAAGUCCGCGAUCUGACGAGAAACUACUGACAGUUUACCGCCUUUAAGCAACAGUAUAUCCAUGAGGCUAACAGCGUUAGCAUAAGGAUAUCUGCUCAAAAACAUAUAAACACACCUGUAAGUCUGAUUAAAAACUAUAAAACACACUUGUCAGCCUAAUUAAGAACACUUAAACACACCCGUCAAUCUAAUUAAAAACUGUUAAACACAUCUGACAGUCUGUGUUCAUAAUUUUGAUGAAGUUUCCUUGAUUUGUUGAAGAAAUACAGCCCCCCUGAGUAAACUCUGAAGAAAUAAGAAGCAGAUGAACGAUAUCAGGUCUUAUUUUCCUACAAUCAGACACACAGACCAUCUAAUUUCUAAAAUGGGUUGGACAGUGUAUUAAAUGUAAACAGAAACAGAAUGACAUAUUAAAGAUAUUAGGUAAAAUGACAAAGAUAAAUGAAAAGUUCAAACUGAGAAACUUGAUUGUUUUGGAAGAGUUAGACACCUUUCAAAAGUUUUUUAAAGAUCACAUGCAUUCUUUUCAGACUCUAGUUCCUUUCUGACACCUCUUUAUUAGCUUUAUGUGAUUUUUUGGCCUGUGGAGGUCCCCCUUUUCCUCUAAUUGGCCACCUCCCCGGAGGCUCCAGUGAUGUGAUUAUUGUUUAAGGUUAGACAGCAGCUGGUGUUUGGGUUUGGAUUUUUGAAUGAGAUACAUUUUAUUUAGACUGACCACAAAAAAGGAAAACUCAUUUAGUGGUCCUUUUAACAAAAACUUGACAAAGUUGACUAUGACUGGAAAAACUGGCUUUUUCUUCAUUGUGAUAUAACAGAGUAUAACCAGUUUAUUGUUUCCCCACCUUUCAUACCAAGUUACCCGAUUUCUGUCCAAUUAAGAAGGAGCUCUGUAAUCAGUGCCUCAUGGACUCAAGUGGACAGAAGCUGGCCACACCUGGGGCUAAACAUGACUCAGUAAUGAUCCAGCUCAGCAGCUGACUUUAGCAUUUACCCUGAACAGGUCUGACUGACUUAUACUGAUUGUUGAAGAAAGUGAUGAAUCAAGCAUCACCAACCUGUAAUCUAAACAAAAAAGUCAUAUAAAAAUCAUUUUAAUUCAACAUACUUUUAAAGAAUGAACUAAUGUUGGUUCAUAGAUCAGGGGAGCACUUAUUCUCUCCUGCACUCCAGCACCAGAGACAGUUGAUGAGAUGAUAUAGAUGCUGUAUCAAAAAUGUAGUCCCAAAAGUGUCUCUUAGAACAGGCUAUUUUCUUACAUUCACAGGCAGCAAGGACUUGGCUUCUUGAUAAAAGUGUCUGGUUUUUGAGGAUAAUGGAGUUUUUAUAUAUUUUCACUGUUUCCACAGGCAGUGAGGACUCAGUGGGAGUAGCUGCACACAGAAUGAUCUGUCAUGAAGAGACCAAGGCUGGCUGGAGUUUUCCUCUGCGUGGGCUGCCUGCUUGCCUACCUGAUGUUUGUAAAGCGGCACUACAUGGCGUCUAAGUCUGAGGCCUUCAGACUACCUCCACAUCUGAGACCCGGUUCAGACCAGCUCAGAGAUGAGAAGACCUCCUCCCAUGCUCAAUUCCAGUAUGGCAUUAUGUUUGAUGCUGGGAGCACUGGCACCAGAAUCCAUGUCUUCAAGUUCCAGACAGAGAGCAGAGGUACUGUAGAGGACACAUCAGAGACUUGAACCAAACUUCAUUCACAUACCAGCCAACAUUUGAAGUGAUUUGUAGCUCAAACUGUGAAAAUACACUUUACAGCAGGAAUACUGGAUGGGACAGCUUAACAUUUGGAAUACGUUUUCAGUUACCAUAGCAACAGUCCUACACAAAUACAAAUAAAAUACAUACAAUUUUGUCCGAUUUGUUUAUAAACUGUGACAUAAUCUCUGUCCUCAGCUGACUAUAACAACCAGCCUCAGGUUUUGUGUGAAAUUUAACGAUCUGAGGUGGAGACCACUGAAACAGAAUGACAUAUUAAAGAUAUUAGGUAAAAUGACAAAGAUAAAUGAAAAGUUCAAACUGAGAACACUUGAUUGUUUUGGAAGAGUUAGACACCUUUCAGGGCUGUUUUUUAAAGAUCACAUGCAUUCUUUUCAGACUCUAGUUCCUUUCUGACACCUCUUUAUUGCAUUUUAUUGUUGGUUUUGUCAACAUUUGGUUCUCCAUUCCCAGAUAAAAGCAGGCAUGAUGGCAAGUGUGGUCCAAACAUAUGAUAUAUCCUAGGAUGGAGACAGACCAUAAAAACAUCAUUACAGCAUAAUAAUAAUAAUAAUAAUAAUAAUAAUAAUAAUAAUAAUAAUGUAAUAUAUUUUAUUUAUAACGUGCUUUUCAUAGAACUCAAGGACACUGUACAAUGCAAAGAGAAAAAAUUACAGAAAUGAACAUUUAAAAGUGGGGGGAAAAACAGACAGACACAGGCAGACAAAACAACACAAUAACAGAUUAAAAGCCUGUUUAAAAAGGUGAGUUUGUAGGAGUGAUUUGAAUGUGGGGAGGUCCAUGCAAUUUUGAAUAUGAGUUGGGAGUGAAUUCCAGAGGGAGGGGGCGGCUAUCCAGAAUACUCUGCCCAACCCCCCACCCGGGUUUGUUGCUUGAUCCUGGGUGAUGGGGAGAAGAGGUUGGUGUCAGAAGAGCAGAUAGCAUGGGUAGGAAUGCGAUGGUGGAGGAGGUUAGUGAGGUAAGGGGGUGGUCUGUCGGUGUAGGCUUUUGGAGGUGAGGAGGAGGCUCCUGUAUUGAAUACAGAAGGGCACGGGGGGCCAAUGCAGUUCUUGUAGGACAGGGGUAAUGUGGUCACGGGAUCGGUUGUGAGUGAGAAGCUGUUCUGCAGAGUUCUGGAUGGGAGCAUGAUGUGCUGUACCAGAAAACAAAUUCCACCUCUCCUGUUGUGUGGCCAGUAAUAAAUGAGUCUGAUUCUGAUGUCCAAAUAUCAAUAAAAAAACAUGAACAGUGAUAAAUACAGAUUAGAUACUCCAGUCUCAUUAUUAAGAGCUAUAUGUAAAAUUCCAGCUUAGCAAUUUAUUAAGUUUAUUCAAAUAAGUAAUGAUAAAAUCACCCAGUCAUUGUAGCAGGGAUCUAGAGAAUUAUUCAUUCAGUUUGGAAAGUCUGCAUCUGUUUAGCUUUAAAGGUGGGGUAGGCAGGAUUUCGAUAAAGAAACAUCAUUUUUUUUGUAGUGUGUAUUUACAAAAAAAGCUUUUAAUAUCAGUCAAUAGCUAUUUGUUAUUGAGACAUUUGGUAAUAUAACGAUAUCGCUGUGUUUUUUAUGUCUGUGUGGUCAACAUUUAAAAAUUUUUUGAGCAUCCCACUCUUUCUAAAUGUAAACAAAGCCGUUCUUCACCUCCUCAACCUGCUUGGUUGUGAGGCGGAAGCUGCUCCUUAGUGCUGAUUGGUUGUGAAGUAGAUGCUGCUGCCCCAUGUCGUUCACGAGCCCAAACAAAGUUAGCGUGCUACAAUAUUAGACAGUAGAAACCAACAAGAAAGUACAAAAAAUUGUCUGAAUCCUCCUUUGGCCACGACUGCCAACACAAGCAAGAAAACAAAGUAAGUACCAGAGACUCUGGCGGAAUUUCUGCUAGACAGGUAAACCACUUUAACAAAGUAAGUCAAGUGUCUCUAACAGAAGUGUUUCUUGUCAAACAGGACCUGCUGCGUGUUGUAGCGCCGCUUAACUGUUUACCUCGGGUCCUGGACUAUGUUACUUUAUCCUAGUUGUAGAAGUCCUGAAAACAUUGUGUUUGCUGGUCAUCUGUUGGCAUCUACGGUAGCACCAAUGCUUUUUACUUUGACAUAACUGGGCCUCAUUUGUAAUUAUCUGAAGUAUUUAUCUGCAUUUUAUAUCUGAAUUUAAUUGAAACGAUACGAGCGAGCAGGAGCGUCUGGUUGUGGGUGGGGUUUGCUGGAGCAGAGAGGGAGGGGAGAAGAGGAGCUGAGGGAAAACUGGUUAUGGAAAACUGGUUGGGAGGGGUAGUGUUUACUUUAAAGAUUUCUCCCAAAAAAUGGCACUUCCUAGAUCCUACCUACCCCACCUUUGAUGAAUAUUGAAUAUCUUUACUCAAAGCGCAUCAUAUCAUAUCAUAUCAUAUCAUAUCUCAUAUCAUAUAUCACAGAUCUCUAUUUGCUUGAUGUUUGUAAUGCCCUGCUCCUACCUGCCUAACCAAAGCUAAAUUCCUCAUGUCUCUCACCCUUUUAUUUUCAACAAGACUUUAUUUUGCCAACAUUUCUCUCUCUUAGUUUCUGUUUUCACUUUUCCAGCAUUACUGUUCGACUUUGUCAAAUGAUUUGUCUGACAAAGAUUUUUCAUUAUCGCAUCGACAUCAUUUGUUAUGAUCCUUCCCUUCAGUCACAGUGACCGUAAUUCUAUUUUUUAUUAAUACUAACAGUAGUUCUUUGUUAUGGCAGAGGACCAGCUCAGGUAAAAUGAAGGUCUCAUAAAUUUAUAAGAUUUAAAUCAUUUCUUUGAUUUGAUCUGCUCUUGGUUGUUGCACUAGUUUGGGGUCUGAUGUGUAUGUUUCACUGAAACAGUACGCUCCCUCCUCGGGACAAUAAAGUUCAUUUUAUCUUAUCACUUUUUCCUCUUAUUCAGCAUUUUUAAUCUGAAGUUACUGCUGAUUGAUUUCUGGUGACUGUGUUUUUCUUUCUUUCUUUCUUUUUUUUUUUUGUCCAGCUGUAGAGACACCUCUCUUUUAUAUUUAUUUCCUGACUGUUGUCUUCUCUGAAUAAACAGACUGUGGGUAGAUUUGUGUCUUUUUUAGCCCUCCUGCUGCAUCCCUGCCCAUCUGGAAAAGAGAAACUUGUAUCAGAGACGUCUGUCUGUCUGUCUGUCUGUCUGUCUGUCUGUCUGUCUGUCUGUCUGUCUGUCUGUGUGAUGAAAUGUGAAACUAAAAUGAACCACAAAAUGAUUCCCGUGGCUGGAUCAGAGUUUUGGAUCCUGAGCAGAUAUUAAUUCCAGCUAUUAAUCAGGUUAUCUGGAAGUUAAAGCUCUAUAAUCGAUGCUAAAUGGAUUUGUCCUGAUCCUUUUAGAUUAAACUGAGAUGUUUUUGAAUCAGACCUCUCUGAAUUGCUUUUAAUGUAUUUAAAAUCCACUCGUGUUGGCCCCAAACAUUAAUUACCAGAUGUAAAUCCAGCAGACAAGAGGAGCUUUCAACCUGUAAAGUCGUGCUCCACUGUAGGGCUGCUGCCAGAGUCCAAAUGGACAAAAACUCAUUAGUGUGUUUGAGAGGGUUUGGCUUUAUUAGGCUUAGAGGAAGUUUCCUGCAGAGCUCGCUCCAAAUGCCUUCAUUAUCGCAUUUGAUUGCUAAGCUAAAUCAGACAGGCUGAGUGCUGUUUUGGCUCCUUUGUUAGCAGCAUCAGAGCUAACCAGACUAAUGGAAGCUCUUGUUAGUUAUACAGACUAGGAUAAUGACAGUUCACAUGGAGGCACACAUCCCUGCUCAGCCUGUGAGACAGCUGAAAUCUAAUAAAAGCUUUGAUCAUUUCUGACAAGUGAAGGGAAAAAUAAGGAUCUUCAUCAACUGUUUUUUGCACUUUUCCAUGUGUGUUUGUUCUGUUUCCUGCAGACGCUCCUAAACUGGCCCACGAGACCUUUAAAGCCAUCAAACCAGGACUGUCUGCUUACGCUGAUGAUCCAGAGCAGGUACACAUGAGGGCCCUCAUUUAUCAAUCUUGCAGAGAACUGAGCACAGAUCUGAGCGCAGGAUUCAUCGUACAAAAGGACACACGUGAGAUUUAUGAAAGGGUUCGUGUCUGACCAGUGCCAGCGUACAUAUAAUUGGAUCUUGAUAAAUGCGGCGGCUGAGAUCGAGGGUUAUUAACAUGCCACGCCCUUAAAUAUUUAGGUUCAGAAGCUUCACCCACUGAGGUCAAAAAUGAAAGAGGAGAAAUAUUAGAAAGAUUCAAAACUUUUCCGGGCUGAAAGUGGAUAUCCUUGCGUCUCUGGCGGAAACUAACAAGGAUUUGCUCUUUGGAAGCAUCAAACUGGUAUAAAACAGUCCCGAAAACUCCUGUCUGGAGCAGGAUUAUAGUGGCAGUGAACAGCCCUGUCGCGGAAUAGUGCACAGUAGUUGAAAUUUGAAUAAAUCAUUAGUCAAUAAGUUGCUCAUGAUGAUAAAGUAAUAUCUUAUAAAUGCCUCCAUUUUUAUUGGUAUGCAUAGGGUACGUUGCUCCUAUUAUUGAAAGUAUUUAGUUUUAAUUUGUUGCGUCUUUGUAAUGUAGAGCAGGCUGGAGAGGCUGAACAAAAAUAAUUAUUAACGUCACCAAACGGUGUGUUGCUGCCCCAGAGGCAAACUUUUUUAUGGAUUUCUAUUGGAUUUUUAUCACUGAUUAAAUAGCAAAAGCACUUUUUAAACUUGUACUUUACAUGUCAGAAUCCAUCAAUAAGGUCCUGUCUCCUCUGUACAGCACCUUUGUGGAGUCUCUCCUCAUUAUUGUUCUCCGGGCAUCGGGUCCUCACGUUGCGCCGGCACAGCCAACGGCACUCCAUUUGCCAGUGCAACAUUGUGCAAAACUGAACUAGCUAAAAUGAUGUCCUGCAACCUUUCAGGGGUGUACAACAACGUCCCCGCUGCUGGGCCAAGACAGAGCUACCUGCCUUUUAGGAGUCAAAACGCAGCGCUCCACAGUGGCGCGUGUGCGCGCAAUGUUAAAAUGGCGCGCCUGCUCUGUGGCAGUGUUUCUGGGCAGAGUUAUGAAAUAGGCCUAUUAACUAAGAACAUAACAAAUUUAUUUUAGUUUAAUUUAUUUACAUCUUAAUCUUUAAUGAAAUCUGGCUGAUUGUGCUUAAUAUCAGGUUAGAGGUUUGUAUAUCACUUAUUUUGAGACAGACAUUUGCUGCACCACACACUGGCUCAAACUUGCAUACACAAUGUCAGACCUGUCGUGAGAUUUGGUCGUAGGGUACGAUUACGUGCAGAUUGAUCAAUGCCGAUCCUCAAGUCGCAACUUAAGUACACAAGAUGUACGCAAGUUUUCUGCCGUACGCAAGCUUGAUAAAUGAGGGCCGAGAUGUCUGCUCUCCAUCUCUAUGCUCUCUGCAGGAUCAGAGCUAUACCUCUGCCCUCUGCUCCCUGUCCGUCUGUCUGUCUGUGUUCAGUGUAAGGCAGGAAUCAUCAAGCUCCUGGAGGUGGCCAAGUCCAGCAUUCCCCCCUCUGUCUGGAACAUCACUCCCGUGGUCCUGAAGGCCACAGCCGGCCUCCGCCUGCUGCCUGGGGAGAAGGCCAAAGACCUGCUGGACCAGGUGAGACUCUGACCACGUCUAAAAGGGCUCAGAAUGAACUUUGUCCCAUGGCAGUAUUGAUGCUUGUGGCUUUAGGUUGACAGGAGCAUCAGCUCAGUUAAAGGAGUACGUCAGCUACAGUACAGUGUUUGUCCUGGUUCAAAUGGUGGUCUCCUUCCCACUGUGCAGGCACCCGAAUGCCUGCUCUAGCAAAGGCUUCGACAAGCCACCUAAUUCAGAAACUUUAGGGCCAGUCUCUAGGCAGCACUGAACAGCAAACUGGAGGAGGAGAAAAAUCUCAUCCAUGAUCAUCUGAAGUGUGAGAGUAUUUAAAUCAGAGACCAAACUAGGUGGCGCUCUGCAAUUUCUGCUCAUUUAAACUCUACAACAUAGGGACUUCCUGUAAAACCCACUUACUCUGUGAGGCCAGCAGCUUUCAGAGAUGAGCUCUGUGUUUCUGUGACAUCAGGAACUUUCUUAUUUCAAAGAGAAGAUCAGAGUCUAUCUAGAGUCUGAGAGGAUCCAGCCCUUAAAAAAAGUCAUCUGUGAUGAGUCGUGGUGUUAAUUUAGAUGUAACUGCACCAUGCUAAACAGAGGCUGAUCUGUGUUUGGUCACUCAACCAAUCAGAGGCUGACUUUGUGACCAGCUGACCCCUAAGGACCAGUGAGGAGCCUGAGACUUCAGGGUGUGCUUACAGCAUAGAAAUAUGACAGAUAGAGUUAUAAAAAAAACCCACAAAAUUAAUUGAAAAUCUAAUUUAUAAAAUAAUAAGCUGAUGAACUUAUUAAAACAGGGGUCUCCAAAACAUCACUCACAAGACCAGUAGCUCGCCAAAGGGUUAACAAAUCUACAUGAAUGACUCUAAGAGUGAACCUGCUGACUCCAUGCAGUACCAGUCAUCUCACUAACUAAAAAAGACUGAAUGUAUGUCACACAUAAAGCUGGACAUAUUAAUACACUCCUGUGAAAUGAUACAGUGAUGUGGACAGAUAACAAAAUGACAAAAAAGAGAACAAGUAUCAUCUGUGUAUUUGUAAUUGUUUUGUUUUGAUAGCAUUCAAGUUUUCAAAACAAGGCAGAAUGCCAACUAUCUGAAAGCAUAUUGACCAUGUUUUAUAUUGAUAUUGAAGGAAAUUAAUUUUCAGUGUGACCUUCCCACUGGAGUUCAUUGGAGAAGCCACAGCCAUCAACACCCUUGCUCUGGUUGUACCAGACUUAAGAACAACACAGCCCCCUGUUCUGAUUGGCACCAAUACUCUGGAUGUUCUCUAUAAAAAGUACUGUCAGACACAUGGAACUGCAUUACUUCCUGCGCUCUUUGGAUACAGGGCAGUCUGGACAUCAGAUGCAAGCUGGCAGCUGAUGACCAUCAUGGCAUCCUUAAGAUGCAGUCUACCAGGCCACAAACCACUGCUGGGCAAACUGUUGCACUAGAUGGUCUUGAUGUUGCACUGUUGGCUCACUUGAUGUCUGCAGGGUGAAAAAGAAGUUGUUGUUCAGCACCCAACAUUGUUCUCCUUGCCAGGAGGUCUGCUUGUCAAGUCCUGCCUUGUCGAUCUGCCCCUAGUCCAACCAUUUCAUCUCCCAGUUGUAAUCACUAAUUAGUCUGACCAUGACGUUGUGAUUCCUGCCAGAGCGGCCAUUGCUGAAAUCAGUGCCAUCCAUUCCAUCCUGCAUAAAGAGCAAAGUGUAUCCCAGCCAUCCAAUGCUGCAGAGCCGAGCCAAAUCCAACUCAACUACAACUUUGGAGAUUCUCCACUCUCAACUGACUGGAAACAAUGAGUGACAUCCAUGCUCGACAGUAUACCAGAGGUUUUUGCAAAGCAUGAACUCGACCUCGGAUGUACAGACAAAGUCAAACAUGAAAUCAAGCUGUCUGAUCAAACUGCAUUCAUAAACCGACCACGUCCGAUUCAUCCACAAGAUCUCAAUGCUGUUCGGAAACAUAUUCAAGACCUCUUAGACUCCGGUGUCAUCCGUGAAUCUAACUCUCCAUUUGCUUCUCCAAUAGUUGUUGUGAGGAAAAAGAAUGGCUCUGUGAGGGUCUGUAUUGACGAUUGGAGAUUGAACGCUCAAACCAUCAAGGAUGCCUAUGCUUUGCCAAAGCUAGAGGACACCUUUCCAGCACUCUCAGGCUCAGAAUGGUUCUCUGUACUGGACCUAAAAUUUGGGUAUUACCAGAUAGAGAUGGAGGAGAGAGACAAAAGCAAAACAGCAUUUGUCUGCCCUGUUGGAUUCUAUGAGUUCAAUCACAUGCCCCAAGGAGUGACCAAUGCCCCGAGCAUGGGGGACCUGAACUUGAAAGAAGCUCUGGUGUUCAUUGAUGACUUGAUAGUAUUCGCCCCAACUCUGGAAGAACAUGAGAAACGUCUGAUGAAAGUUCUUCAACGCCUGAAAGAGUUUGGCCUGAAGCUAUCUGUUGAGAAAUGUGUCUUCUUUCAUACAUCUGUUCGCUACCUUGGCCAUGUGGUUUCAAGAAAUGGGGUAGAGAUGGAUCCAGACAAGAUUGCUGCUUUAACAUCCUGGCCAGUCCCACAAAAUCUGAGAGAACUUCGCUCAUUCCUUGGUUUUGCUAGAUACUAGUGGCGAUUCGUACAAGGGUAGUCUCUUAUCGCCAAGCCCCUGAAUGAGCUCGUAUCUGGAUAUCCACCCAGCCAGAAAAAAAUGAGGAAUUGUGGGAAAUCUCAACAUUUUCUGAAUCCAAAAGAACCUUUUGCUUGUCAUUGGACCCCAGCUUGUCAAGAAACUUUUAAGGACAUUAUCCAGAAGCUCACUGCGGCCCCAGUACUUGCUUUCGCUGACCCCAGCAAACCUUACAUCCUUCACACAGAUGCCAGCUCUACAGGCCUGGGUGCUGUCUUGUACCAAGAGCAUAAGGGAAGAAACCAGGUGGUGGCAUAUGCAAGUAGAGGACUGUCCCGCAGUGAGAGUCGAUACUCUGCCCACAAGUUAGAGUUCUUGGCACUCAAGUGGACAGUAACUGAGAAGUUUAAUGACUACCUGUAUGGGGGUGAUUUUACUGUAAUCACAGACAGCAAUCCUCUAACAUAUCUGCUAACAUUUGCCAAAUUAGAUGCCACAAGCUACAGAUGGCUUUCAGCACUCUCCACCUUUUCUUUCAAGAUCACCUACUGUGCAGGAAAGCUAAACACUGAUGCCGAUGGUCUCUCCUGGCGACCACACACUGAACAGCCAGAUGACGCCAUGUCUCAAAAAGAAAGAGAGAGAAUACUCAGAUUCACAGAGCAACACCUCAAAGAUCCUGCAUGUGUUUCUAUGGACCAACAUUCAACCUCUCUCUCCAACAGCUCUCUCAACAAAGACUAAGUUGCUGCUCUAGUUCAAGCACUCUCCAUCCACACUGACAACCUGCCAGGCAGCUUUGUGCAUCAUGAGCAGUUCUCAUCACCUGUCGUGCCAUCAUACUCAGCUGCUGAGACUGCCACCAAACAACGGGCGGAUCCAAUUAUCCAGCAUGUCAUUGCCCAAUUAGAGAGAGAGGAAACCCCGCCACCUUCUCUGAGACAACAGCUCCCUGACCUACCAUUACACCUGCGACAACUUACACGUCUGGUGCUACAAAAUAAUGUCCUCAUUAGGAGGAGAUACUUCGGUGUGAGCCAACUUACCAACUUGUCCUUCCGGAGGAGUGUCAGCAGGAAGUCCUCAUGCAGCUCCACAACGAAAUGGGUCAUCUGGGCACGGAGAGAACACUGGAUCUUAUCAGAACUCGCUUUUACUGGCCAAGAAUGUCAAUUGGUAUCAGCAACAAAAUCAGAACUUGUGAGAGAUUUGUGAAAAGAAAAGCACAACCUGAGAGAGCUGCACCCCUUGUCAAUAUCAAGACUUGUAGACCACUUGAACUUGUUUGCAUGGACUUCUUGUCAAUAGAACUAGAUCGGAGCAAUACCAAGAAUGUACCUGUCAUAACAGAUCACUUCACAAAAUACGUCCUAGCAGUUCCCACUUCUAACCAGACUGCCAAGACUGUUGCCAAAGCUUUAUGGGACAAUUUACUGGUUCAUUAUGGCAUUCCAGAACGACUUCACAGUGACCAAGGUCCUGAGUUUGAGUCACACACAAUUAAAGAACUGUGUCAAAUGGCUGGAAUCCAUAAAAUAAAGACUACACCAUACCAUCCACAAGAAAAUCCUGUUGAGUGGUUAAAUCGUACACUUCUGAGCAUGUUAGGGAUGCUGCAUAAACAGGACAAGUCUCAUUGAAAUGAUUUUGUCAAGCCGUUAGUACACGCCUACAACUGUACAAGAACAACGUCACUGGUUACUCUCCAUAAGAGCUGAUGUUUGGCUGACAGCCCGUCUCCCAGUUGAUUUAGCUUUUGGGCUACCUGUGUCUGGAUCAUCAUCUCAUUCACAGUAUGUUGAGAAGCUGAAAUCUCACUUGCAAGAAAUCUACAAAAUCGCAAUAAAGAGCUCAGAGAAAGUUAUGGGUCGCAACAAGCACAGGUUUGACAAACAUGUUGUUGCUUCAGAGCUGUCGGUGAAGCAACAACAGCUGUUGAGAUGGAAGACGAAUCUGAGUCUGGAGAGGAACCUGCUGCUCCUGAACCUGAAAAAGACAUGGUGGGGGACAGAGUCUUGGUCAGAAAUCUUAAUCACGAGGCAAGCAGAAGCUAGCUGACAAAUGGGAGCCGGAAAUGUAUACUGUCAUGAAGAAAGCCGGCACUCUUCCAGUAUACACAGUCAAGCCCGGAGACAAAGAUCGCCCUGUCAGGACCCUACAUAGAGAUCAGCUGCUGCCUUGUGGUUUCCUCUCCCCAUCCACUAAACCCCCAGAAAAACCAAAGCCAAGACCGAUGAACUCAGUAAUUCCAGACGCACCAGUUCUCCAAGAAAGCAAAGAACAAGCUCUGUUUGAAUUGCUACCUGAUUUACCUGAUACCUCUAGCUCAGACCCUAUCAAAUUCACAACUCUGAUUGACUUACCUGUCCUACUUGCUCCUGUUCCUCCAGUUAUUCCUACUGACUUACUUGUGAUUUCACCUGGCCAGCCGUCACAGAAUCCCUCAGAGAAGGGACAGAGAGCUGUUGAGAUGGAAGACAAAUCUGAGUCUGGAGAGGAACCUGCUGCUUCUGAACCUGAAAAAGACACUGUUAUUGAUCUGGACACUGAAACUCUUAUUGACCUUGAAUCAGAAUCAUUUUCUGCUGACAUCCCGGAAACCGAGGACAUCACUUCCUCUCCUUCUGUACCUGCUGAAUUGCAAGAGCCAGUCGGUAUGUCAAGUGAGUCUGAUCCAACAGUGGAACCCUCAAGUCCAGAGUCAUAACCAUCACUAUGCCGAUCUACUCGACCACGCAAACCUCCCCAACGCUUACAGUACUCAGAGCUUGGCGGACUCCUGUUACACACCAUUCAACCAGUACUGCCACAGUCAACCCAACCAGAUGGCAAGCUAACCCCUGGAUUUUAUGGUGUUGUUGGAUAUCGGAAUUUGAAUUGUGUGGCAUUUUUUAAAAAUUAUUUAUCCCCGGUACUACAUUGGCAUUAGUUACAAGUUUGUUUGUUUUUUUCUUCUUGGCCAAAAUUUCCAUCAUUGUUAAUUCUCAAUAACUGUUUUUUUUUCUUUGUGUUGUACACACUUCAAAAAUAUUGCUUCAAUACAAAACAUAAAACAAAACCAUAUCUGUUGUCUGUGAAUCAUUCACCCACACCUUGGGCUCCUUAAGAAUCGGAUUCUUCUGAUGCAUAUAUACACAGCCCAAAAGUAGUUUUAAAGUAGUGUUACAACUGUCUCACCCUCUUUCUCUUCACCAUCAUCAUCAUCAUCAUCAUCAUCAUCAUCAUCAUCAUCAACAUCAACAUCAACAUCAUCAACAUCAACAUCAACACAGUGCCCAAAAAGCUAGCUUUAAGUCAUCGGUAAUAACAGGCCUAUAGCAGUGAGCCAACAUUGAUUUCAUCUGGAGCUUUGCUCUUAUUAUCAAACAGAUCCUGGUGCAGCCAAACACAGCUGAUUAUCCAGGGGAGGGGAGGAGCACCAGGUUUUACUCAAUCAUGUUAAAAUAUCUUUUAGAAAUGCUAAAGUAUCAGGCAACAUACAUGAUUCAAUAAGCUUGAGGACGUCAGGUUUAUAAACAAAAAGAAACAACUGAUGUUCUCUGAGUUAGUGAGUGAUCAUGUCUGUAUGCUAAUGGUGGCAUCUUUGUGUUGCUUACUGACUUGACCUAAUUCAUGUUUAUUUGAUGCUUAGCUAUAAAUCUAAAUAUCCAACUGUGAGAACACAUUUAGCUGACCUUUAACCUGAGCCAAAGUCCCUUUUUGUCUCCAGGUCAGAAGCUUUUGUUGGAGGGUUAUUGACAAACAUCAAAUUGUCAGUGUUGAUCAUUUCUGAGGCUAGUUUUCACCUCAGUGGUUUCAUGGUUUCAGAUCCUUAAAUUGGUUUUUAAUCAAUUCCCUGCAUUCCUGAUAAUUAAGAAGUUUGGACUGAUGUGAUGUUUGUCACAGUCCCACUCUGGGCUCUUUUUCACCUGGCAGACAUCUUCUUUCAGAGUUUACAGCUAACAAACUUUAAGUAGAACUUUAACCUGUAACAGAUCACAGCAUGUUUACAGUCAGGUGUUUUGCUUUGUGUCCAGGUUAGGGCGCUGUUUCUGGAGUCUCCCUUUCUGUCCAGAAGAGACUGUGUCUCAAUUAUGGAGGGCACUGAUGAAGGUAUGGAGUCUUUAAAGUGACUUGAAUGUCUAUUUUUCUAAUGAUUUCUGGAAGGCCAGUGUUUUUUUGUCUCAGGUGGAUCAUCAGCUGAAACUCCAGCUCCUCUCAGCUUUACAGAGCUUCUCAGCUCCACCUCGGUCAGCAGCUUACUGCAUAAGGUUACUAGCACAGCAUUAUGGUCACCAAACAGUACUUUAGAGCAGACAGACAGGGCUGUGUAACUAUCUCCAGACAGCUGACAAUCGGUUUAGACAGAAAACAAUGUAAAUCUGUGAGAUGAAAAAAUAAGAUUGAUACCCUUUUCGAAACAGCAGAGGGCACUCUCUGCCUGUAAUUUCUGUAGUUGGAUGUCAUUGUCUCUUCAUUUGUACCUGAGAUGCUAAGGCAGGCAGCUAGACUCAACACCAGUCAUGACAAUUCGAUGUUUUUGAAUUUGUUGUGACUGGAACUGGACUCAUGAAAUGCAUACUCGUUAAUCCAAUUAAAGUCACACAAUGGAAUAUUGUUCAGCUCUGCCCAAGUGUUCUGCAUAUACUCUAUUUGUAUGCCAGGCUUCGACCCAGAAAUGAACAAGCAUAAAUGCAUGGUAACCUUACAAUAAGAGAGAGCUUUCAGAUUGUCUUUAAAAAUGUACAAAGUGGAAAGGUUGUCAUGGUUCGCUGUUCGUCUCUUUUCAACACAUUCAUUGAUUGUUGUUUAAGCUGAAAGGGAGGAUGCCAUCACCAACCCCAGCAGAGAUAGACACAUUAUGGAUUCUGUCCACAAAUCACCUGUGUGCGUCUGUGUGGUCUGAGACAAGUCCACGUGCUGCACAUAGUUCCCCUUAAUCACUUUACUGAGCUGCAAACCAAGCUCCACUUCACUGUGCAUUUACAGUGCAUCUGGAAAGUAUUCAUACCACUUCACUUUUUCCACAUUUUGUUAUGUUACAGCCUUAUUCCAAAAUGGAUUAAAUUCCCUUUUCCCCAAAAAAUUCUACACAAAAUACCCCAUAAUGACAAAGCAAAGAACUUUUUUUAGAACAUUUUGCUAAUUUAUUAAAAAUAAGACACUCAAAUGUUGCAUAUACAUAAGUAUUCACACCCUUUGUUAUAAAACUCAAAAUUGAGCUCAGGUGCAUCCUGUUUCCACUGGUAAGCCUUGAAAUGUUCCUCCAACUUGAUUGCAGUCCACCUGUGGCAAAUUCAGCUGGUUGGACAUGAUUUGGAAAGUCACACCUGUCUAUAUAAGAUCCCACAGCUGACAGAGCACGUCAGAGCACAAACCAAGCCAUGAAGUCGAAACAAUUGUCUGUAGACCUCCGAAACAGGGUUGUAUCUGCGCACAGAUCUGAAGAAGGUUACAGAAAAAUAUCUGCUGCAUUGAAGAUCCCAAAAAGCACAGUGGUCUCCAUCAUUAAGAAAUGGAAGACGUUUGGAACCACCAGGACUCUUCCUAGAGCUGGACGCUCAGCCAAAAUGAGCAAGCGGGGGAGAAGGGCCUUGGUCAGGGAGGUGACCAAGAACCCGAUAGUCACUCUGACAGAGCUCCAGCGUUCCUCUGAGGAGAUGGGAGAACCCUACAGAAGGACCACCAUCUCUGCAGCACUCCACCAGUCAGGCAUUUAUGGUAGAGUGGCCAGACCGAAGCCACUUCUCAGUAAAAAGCACGUGACAGCCUGCUUGGACUUUGCUAGAAGGCACCUGAAGGAUUUACAGACCAGAAGAAACAAAAUUCUCUGGUCUGAUGAAACGAAGAUCAAACUCUUUGGCCUGAAUGCCAAGCGUCAUGUCUGGAAGAAACCAGGCACCGCUCACCAUCUCGCCAAUACCAUCCCUAUAGUGAAGCAUGGUGGUGGCAGCAUCAUGCUGUGGGGAUGUUUUUCAGCGGUAGGAACUGGGAGACUUGUCAGGAUCGAGGGAAAAAUGAAUGCAGCUAAGUACAUCGAAAUCCUUGAUGAAAACCUGCUCCAGAGCGCUCAAGACCUUCGACUGGGGCGACGCUUCAUCUUCCAGCAUGACAAUGACCCUAAGCACACGGCCAAGAAGACAAAGGAGUGGCUUCAGGACAAGUCUCUGAAUGUCCUUGAGUGGCCCAGCCAGAGCCCAGACUUGAACCCGAUUGAACAUCUUUGGAAAGACCUGAAAGUAGCUGUGCACCGACGCUGCCCAUCCAACCUCACUAAGCUUGAGAGGAUGUGCAAGGAAGAAUGGGAAAAACUCCCCAUAUCCAGGUGUGCCAAGCUUGUUGCAUCAUUCACAAGAAGACUGGAGGCUGUAAUCGCUGCCAAAGAUGCUUCGACCAAGUAUUGAGUAAAGGGUGUGAAUACUUAUGUAUAUGCAACAUUUGAGGGUUCUUAUUUUUAAUAAAUUUGCAAAAUGUUCUAAAAAAGUUGUUCACUUUGUCAUUAUGAGGUAUUUUGUGUAGAAUUUUUGAGGGAAAAGGGAAUUUAAUCUAUUUUGGAAUAAGGCUGUAACAUAACAAAAUGUGGAAAAAGUGAAGUGGUAUGAAUACUUUCCUGAUGCGCUGUAAAUGCACAGUUUCGUUUACACUGACAAUACCUGGACAGACAGGCAAAGGAGAAACCAUGGACAUCAAACAAUAGAAUUUUCUAUACAUAUAAGACUGAUAUCUCUUCUUUAAAGAGGGAUGUUGCAGACAGGGGGCACUGAUACUGAACAGUUUUACUGAUCCUCCUGAUCCCUCAUGUAGUCUGACAUGUACCAUCUCGCCAAAAUGAAGAAUUUGUUUUCUUUCAAUUGUUAUCAAACAGGCAGCAGAGUAACCGAGGUAUGUGGCAGGAAAAAAAAAGAAAACAAAAGCAUCACAGACUCAGCUGUAUCAGUCAGUGUCCUCUCAUAAGCCUGAACAUAUUCUAGGUUACUUACAGAAAUCCUGUGAUUGAACUCGUCAUCAGCCUGCUGUUUUUAUCAGAUGGAUCUUUUCUGAAUGUUGCUGUCUGGUCGGUAAACUAGUUCAACCCCCUGAGAUUUUUUGCUUCCUUUUUUACUCUUUAUUUCCAGACUGACUAAUUUAAGACUACCAUGACUUAUCAUGUCUGUCGGAUAGAUGAGCUAAUAUUGAAUCUAAAAACUGGAGCAUGUGGACUUGGUAAGUGCAGUGUGGUGCUUAACCUCCAUACAGAAACAGCUGAAGGGCCAUGGAGAGUUUUUCUGCUGGCUGCUGAACUCUGAACAUCUUCAUCCUGAACAUGGUCCUCAUCUCUUUAUAAGUUUAUUAGAUUACAGAGAAUUUGUGCCUCUCUACAUUGCCUCAUCAUUUCAUUGGUUUAAUCUGUGAAGCAGCUCAGAUGUUUCACUACACCAACAAACCUCAGCGGUCCGACUCUGAUUUCCCCAAUGAAAACUGCCAAUAUGGAGGAUUAAACAAUAAGGAGGAUUACAAAUUAGAUGAAUCAGGGGAGGUUUGUCCUCAUAUGAAGUCUGCUGGUUAUUGUCCAUUUUUGAGAGAGAAAACAAUGAAGUGAAACCUUCUUCAAUCCAGUGUUUCCCCUACAGACUUUACUUGGGUGGCCCUCCCAAGACGAUUGACACCCGCCCAAGAAGAUGAAAAUAGAAUUUAAAAAAAAAAAAUGCGUGGUUAUACAGACACACAGACAGCAGGGCUUCCUCCAGACAAACAGCGCAGCGCAGGACACGCUGGUGAAUAUACGGAAGCGCACCCAAACUGUUGCACUCCAGCUACACUAACUUAUUGUUGAUUAUAUACUGUUUUCUUCCUCAUACACCUUCUGUUAUUGUACCACUGGUUUUGUCUCAGAGACUGACUGUGUCUUUUUUUUUCUCCAAGACAUGAAGCCAAUUGAAAGCUAUGUCAACCUUUGGGUUAAUAACGCAUAGUUCAUAAACCUAGUUGAACUAGAUUAUUUUGAACGCACUUAUCAAACACUACGGCGCCAUCCUGCACCACCCGUCCCACCACCACAAGUAAAUUCUCAACCUAGGGGAAACACUGCAGUCAUAAAACCCUGCCUUCAUGCUCUGCUAGACAGCCAACUGGGAGGCAAGGUUACUGUAAGAGGAAGCACAACAAAUGCAGUCAUAACAACAACAACAUCCAAACACUUAAUACAAUUUGUAAACUACUCCUCAACCAGAAUGAGAAGGGGAAAAACUGAACAGAAAUAAUUACUUCAGUGGAACUACAAGGAAGCUAAGCAGCUAGCAACAGUUAGCUCUUGUAGUCCUGCAUGUUUGAGUGCAAGGGACUUCACGAGAGUUCCCGUUGGGACCCCGGCUGCUAGUGAAAGAUGUCUUCAUGUGUGCUGUGCUCAUCACAUCUCUGCAUGUUUGCCAUACAAGUGAAGACUUUAAAACUCUUUCAGGCUUAAUGCAAUAAGAAGAUGCAAAAAUCUCAAAAUUUCAAAUAUAGUUCAGAGAGUCGUACGUCAUCGACCUGAUUAGCUGAUUGGACUUCCUGUAGACAAGGAUCACAUAUGUUGUAUCUGCAUCAAGUGCAAAAUCAAAUGGUCUUUCUGAUGGCAAAGUAAGGCGCUGCUGAAAGAUUUUGAGUGGAGCGUACUCUUACACUCAGAUGAGUGUUUGGGUCAGAGUCUGACAAAAUGAGCUAAUUAACAUGGCAGACUGGGUUCUAUCUGUCGGUAGACAAGUGUUAGUCUAGCUUGUCAGUUCUCCCAGCUGUUUCUCAUCAAAGGGGCAGAGCUGACCGGCAUCCUUUGUUGCUGAUACACUUGUGAGUGACAUGAAACUCGCACAACUCCACUUCAUAAAUACUGAGAUAUCUCUUUAAACUUUCAUCAGAGUAUUUAAAUACAGCAGAAUGAACCUUUAAUAAAAUCCCUGCUGGAUCCAGAUGUGGACCCAUCCCCACCCCCAGCUCCUGGACCUUUAGAUGGUUGAGGUCUGGCUGUGGGGUUGCAGUUACCGGCUCUAACCUGUCUGCGCUAAUUCCUCUGCUGGUGGAUGUAUAGGAACCACAUGUGGGUUCAGUGUUUGAAAUGCUGGCUCUGUAUGGAACCAACUCGCCCACGUCUAAUCCAAUCCUUUUAAAGUAGUUCAUACAAGCAAUUAUGGCCAUGUGGGAUAAUGUCCCUCUUAAUCUUAAAGGGGGGGGGGGGGGCACGAUUAUUUCCCCCUCAGUUGAUUUCUGAAGCUGAAAUGUUUUCUCCUUCUCUCUGAGUGGGAUCAGCUUGUUACUCUGCUGAUCUUUUGAUUAUUAGUGAAUUAACUUUUUAUCCCGCUCCACUUUUCGUUUGCUCAGCCAGCCUCUAAUGGACAGAUCCUUCCAUCCCUCGCUACCUCUUCCAUCCUUUCAAGUCGAACCAGCUUCCAUCAGCCUUAUUAUCGCUCAGAUAUUUUGCCGUUCUUGGCCCGAAUGCUUAUCCCUGACUGAGAUUACCCUCUGAGCGUCCUGAAUGGAGGCGACUUAUUGUUAAUGCAGAUCUCUGAGUGGUUUGUGUGGGGGGGGGGGGCAGGGUGCUAAGUGCUAAGUGCCGGUGUUUAGCCUCUCGACCUAAGGCUUAGUCUCUCUCUCUCUCUCUCUCUCUCUACUUGUUUGUUUUGUUUUGAAAUUACUUCUUAGUGUCUCUGCUGGAGAGUUUUACUGUAAAGCUCCUAUGAUACAGUUUCUAUCAAGCUCUUUAAUCACCCGCUCCUGCAUGCCGACCAGGUCAAAGGCCGCUGAUAAAAGGCUCUAAUGCAUGCAGCUGAGUGCAAAUAUUCUGCAGCAGACGCCAAUGUUGUCUUUGAGCUGACCUAAAUGAGCUGACCCUCAGAGACCUCCACAUGUUAGACUAUCUAUAGUUUAGAUUUAGUUUCACCAGAAGUCAUCCACAACUUCAUGCUGCUUUUUUUAAACGUGUCUUCUGUCUGUACAUCAAGACAUCAGAGGUGGUAACUUUGACUCUGAUAGUCUUCAAUCAGCAGGAGGAAAAUUUCACUUCAAUGUGCUAAGCACUGUUUUACAUUCAAGUCUGUACUGUCCUCAGUGUGACUAAGUGUGAAUUAGAGGAACUUAACUGGGCACAAAGAAGCUUAAUUUAAGCUUUGGAUAAUAUCUGUUCAAAGGUGUACAAGGAGUUAACCUUGUAUUUGUUCCCAUCUGUAAGCUCUGGAGUUGAAAAAAGGAAACCAGUGUAAACACCUGCUUUCCAUCAAGUGACCACUUGAUGCUGUUUCUAAAAAUGAAGGAAACCUCAGUGGGUCCCAUGGAGGGCUCAUCUCAUGUUUGGACUAAAAUAACUAAAAUAAGAGCUUUUGUGCCAGAUUAACUAUUUUCCUUGUGUCCUCAGUUGUUGCUGCUGUUGUUGUUUUUUGUAUCGACCUGUUGAUUCAGUUUGGUUUCUUUUCACCAAGGGAUUUCGGCCUGGAUCACUGUCAACUUCCUGACUGGUGAGAGUACAACAAACGCACACAUUUACACACACUACACUACACAGGGUGUCGGAAACUACAAGCAGCUUGAAACGCAUGCUUGAAAGCAGGAGGAACAUAAUGUGCCAUUUCUAAAUGACAGGUUGUAAGAUUGAUUUUUUAGCAUGGGUGUUUUUGAAGACAGAUUGUUGCAGACACGAAAUUAUGAUUACCUCUUAUUGGAUUAUCCCGCCGCUCUCUCUCUUUUUCCUAAUCUCUUUUUUUGUCGUCCCCUCCAUUUCUCUUCCUUCUCUGCAGGUGAUCUUCACAGUGCUGACUCACCCACAGUGGGGAUGUUGGAUUUGGGGGGUGGAUCGACACAAAUUACCUUCAGCCCUCAGGAUGAGGUGAGGGUGAUCGACAAAGGAGUGAUUGAGAGAGGAGGACUCUCUCCCCCUCUCUCUCUUCCUCUCUAUCUCUCUCUCUGUCAUAAUGAAGGCGACUCUGUCAAACUACCAGGAUGGCUCCAUUUUAGAGGCUUUAAUCUGUAAAUGCCCCGCUAAUCCCAAAUAAACACCCUCAUAUCAGGAGGGGGGGCAGAAUGGGAGACAGGGGGUUGUUAUGUAGGUCAGAAUGUGUACAUGAAGGAUUGAGGAGCACUUCACCAUCAGACCUCCACUCAGGCAUCCUUCUUCCUCCUCUUCUUCUUUCCUCCCUCUCAGGGAGCUUUUCUUCGUUCUUUUGACCUUCCUGUCUGAUGCAGUAAAGCAGAUCCUCAUUGUCCUGUGAUAAACUGAGUGAGGAGUUCAAACUGGGCUGAGUAGGAUGGUUGAGGAGUGGACAGAUUAAAGGCUGCUGCUGACAGUCACACACUGGAAAGUUAUGGUCGAUUACAAGAGAGCAGGUCAGCCAGUGGCCGAUGUUUAAAGCCAUUAUCAGGUUUUGUUGUUGUUGUUUUGUCUUAAACAGCUGGAUGAAAUGGGAACAUAUAAAUGGGAACUGAACUUGAAUGAACAUUUUCUUAAUUAAAUGUAGACAGAUAAAAGUCAUUAUUCUAUGCAAAGUACAAUACAACAUGAUGAAAUACCAAGAAUAACCAGUUAGAACCAGAACCUUUUAGAACUGAAAUUGAUAAGUGGAUUAGUAGAACCCAAAGUAGACUCAAUGACUAUAAAACAUCACUGAACUCUGAAAGCUUACCAUCUGACAGACGACAGAGAGGCCCCCCUGCUGCAAACCUAACUACUUUAGCCCACCCCUAUCAAAAUGUGAGAUAAUCUGUCUUCAGGCUCUUUGGUUUGUGUGUGAACAUCAUGAUACUGUCAUCUUUGCUGCUUUAGUUUUUCUCUGCGUUUUUCUGUUUUCUUGUACAGUAUGAGUCAUGUGCAGUGUGAGUUGUUUGUUUGCAGUGGCCUUAGGACAGGAGGUACUUUGGGACUACUGUGGAUGAACAAUCCUAAACUUUUUGGUUAUGUUGCGUCAUAUCGUGUCAUAGCGAACUGUAUGGUGUUGUGUCCUAUUCAAUUGUAUAGCAUUAUAUAGUGUUGGAGCUCCUUGUUCAGAUACACAACUUUACUUUUCUAUGAAUGUUUUUUUCUACGUUUAGAAAAUAGACUGAAAUUCACACUGAUGCCUUUUAGUGAUGACAAACUGCAAAUAAGACCAUCAGCAGCAAGACUGGCACUGUUUACACGGUAGUAUGCAAUGCCUGAGAACGGUGUGACCCCUGCUGAGACUCCCAGAGUCAGGGGGUGAGUAUCAGCCAAGCAGCUGUAGAAACAUUUCAACAUUAAAUUUUCAGGAUAAAGAAUUUAUUUGACUGUCAAAAGUCAGCCAGAUGAUUUGAUAAAAAUCAUGACUUAAGCAGGUAGAGGACAAGAAAAGCAAAGAAAGCCAAAGUUUACAAACUAUUUUUAAGUUCCUCACAGGAGCUUUAAAGAAUAGUUUAAGAUAAAUACACUUUAAAUAAAUAAAAUACACCUAAUACAUUUAUGUGUGUGUGUGUGUGUGUGUGUGUGUGUGUGUGUGUGUGUGUGUGUGUGUGUGUGUGUGUGUGUGUGUGUGUGUGUGUGUGUGUGUGUGUGUGUGUGUUGUGGAGAGGAACUAAAGAGGUUGCAGAUGUUGUGGCUUCACUACACCAGUUAGUAAAGUGGGAGAUGACCUUAGUGUACUCUUGUUUGGUUAACUACAGUUAAAUUCAUCAGCUUACAUCCCUAACUUGUGUCACAUCUGUGAACCUUUUGUUUCUCUCCCUGCCAGAAAACCAUCCAAACCUCACCCAUCGAUUACAUCAGGUCCUUCCAGAUGUUCAACAACACACACACUGUCUACACACACAGGUACACACACACACACACUUGUUUGUACUGGUAACAUCUGAAGUUGUUAUUUGCAGCAUAAUUUGGUGUGAGAUGGUGUGAUUUUUGAACUCCUUCUGUGAACACAUUGAUUUACAGUAUCAUGGUCCAGUGUUGGUCCUCUUGAGUUCUUCUUCUGUGCUCUCUAUGCAGUUAUCUGGGUCUGGGUCUGAUGUCGGCUCGGCUCACUGUCUUAGGAGGAGUGGAAGCUUCCCCCUGUAUGUAACCCCCCCCCCAGUUUUGACUUCUUAGUUCUUAGUUUGCUUUCAUGUCAGCCUUUCAUACCUCCCCCCAACACACACACAGCCCGUCCUCUCAGAUAAAUAAGCCAUUAUCUAAUCUUUUAAUAACACACUGCAAGAUUAAUUCCUUGCCUGCCAGCUGUUGCUGCGAUUUAGCUGCUGUAAGAAGCUGCAGCACAGAUACAUCCUGCUGCAUGUCUGUCUCUCUGUAUCUGUCUCUCUGAUCUCUCUCUCUGUAUCUGCCCUUUUAAAUCUGUCUGUCUCUCUGAAUCUCUCUUUCUCUCUGAAUCUCCCUCUCUUUGUAUCUGUCUCUCUGAUCUCUCUCUUUGUAUCCAUCUCUUUAAAUCUGUCCGUCUCUCUGAAUCUCUCUCUCUCUCUGUAUCUGCCUUUUUGUACCUGUCUGUCUCUCUGUAUCUGCCUCUCUGCAUCUAUCUCACUCUCUAUCUAUCUGUUUGUAAUUUGAGCUUUAAACUCAGCAGUAUAGGAUGCUUGAACUGAAGAAAGGCUGAUUACAUUGAGGUGUAGCAGGAAAAAAAGGAGAUAAAAUGUCGGAUGUUUUUACAUAAUUCACAGAAUUCCCUUUGCAGCGUCCAUAUCUGUACAUCAGACUUAAUGUGUAGACUCUGGUCUGCUAGCAUCUGCAGCUGUUGCAACUCUGUUUAUGUGUGUGUGUGUGUGUGAGCAGUGGGUGAAAGCACUGAGCUGGUCAGCCCCUGCCUUGCUCCAGAGUACUCGGGCAGUUGGGAGCACGCUGAGGUUGUCUAUACUGUAAAGGGACAGAAGGCAGGUAGGGUCACUGCUGCGACUUGAUUGAAUGUUUUGAUUACCCAUCAUGCUGUGGGAACAUAUGGGAACCUUCAGACUGUGUGUGUUUCAGGAGAGCCAGUUUACGAGGCAUGUUGGACAAAAGUGGAGAAGGUUUUGUACAGGAGGGUGACGAAGGCAUCUGGAGUGGCAGACAUGGAUUUCUACGCCUUCUCUUACUACUACGACCGUGCUGUGGACCUGGGAAUCAUCGGUAACAUGUUUCACUGUCAUCUAAGGUUUUUAGAAAACAUCUUCAAACAAUCGUUAUCUUUAGGUGCUCAAAAAACUCAACGUACAGCAUCAGUCCCACUGAAAUUGGACUGAUGAUGUAGUCCAGAUAAAUCUCCUCAUGGAGCUAUGACUGCAGCUCAAAUUUACCUGUGCAUGGAAAUGUACGGAGUCUGAAGGAUGGCUCCAGCUUAUCCAGAGUCCUGACAAUAGAAGAAUUUAAACAAAUCAUUUGUCCCUAUUCAGUACAGAAUCACUUUGGAAGUCCUGUCAUCAGUCCACAAAUUGGUUUAGCUCCUUGGUGUGUUUCUUCUAGCUGACUGACUGACUAUAACCCGAUCCAGCCCCCUCACUCAUCAGGUGGAAGUCUUUGACUGAACCCAGAAUCAGACCACAAUAUGUGUCUCCUUAUUCUGUCUCAUCUGUCUUCAGUCUUACAGCAAACCAGGAGUAGUUUCAAACCCACCAUACCAGGUCUCAAGUUCUCGCUGCAGCUCAAAUGAGAGAGGUGGGGGUGGACAGAGCCACAACCGAGGAUACACCAGAGCACCCUUCACACAAGACUUGUGACAGUCAGACUCAAAGUUAGACAGUGUAUAUGCUUGCACAUUAGAUAUCAUUCACUGAUUGGAUGCUGCAGCUGGACUUGAUAGGUUUAAUCUGGAUUCAUGGUACAUCCUGCCGGUGAACAGUUUGUCUGCCUGUUUGACUCCUCACCUGUGGCCUUCAUACUGAAAAGAGUCCUGGAUACACAUCAGCGCCCUUUUCUUUACUGGUUUGACAGACUUUGCAGGGGAUUUCAAGUAUUCUUCUGUAGUACCUCUGGGUGUGUGUCUGUUAUUAACAUGUGUCUGUCUGUAGUCUGACCUGUGUCUGCGUUUGUUUCUGUCUGUAGAGGAGAGUAAGGGAGGAACCAUCCUGGUGUCAGAUUACAUCAAUGCAGCUAAAAGAGGUGAGAGGGCACCACCCAGUGUACACUCAGUGAACUGCACUGCAUUUAUUAAACACUUUAUUAGUCUUAAGAGUUGACUUUUAUCAGGGCUCUUACACAGUGUGGAAAUGAUUUCCAUUUUUGUGUUAUUACUGGGAGAGUAAAGAGAGCUGAUAAACACUAAUGUUUUCUAGUUAUAAAUCUGUAAUCUAUCAAAGCUCUCACACACAGGUUAUAGUCUCUCAGUCUCAAUAAUUUUGAGUAGUGCACUUUAUACAAAAUGAUAAAAUAACUGCUAAUUAACGAGACCACUCUGCGGCUGUGAAAAUCAAAUAAUACAAGCAGAUCUUUGAGGCUCUUCUUUGAAAAUUGUAACAUAAUAAUCAGCAGUUUAAGGGAAAAGUUUGCGAGGGUCACACAGGUCACAAAAGUCAUACUAGAAAAAUUGCAUUUCCUUGCAGAAAAUGCAUGGAAAUGCUGAGUGCUGAAAGCUGAAAAAGCAAUGCAAAACUGCUAAUAAAAAAUAGAAGAAGGUUUAAAUGUAAAAUUGGUUAGAGGGGUGAAGAAGAAGAAGUGGAAGUUGGAUGAAAGUGAAAACUGUUGAAGUCCAAACAGUAUGAAUGUGCUCCAUAAAUUAAAAUUGCAUUAAUGCUAAUAGAGGGGAGGAAAACUGUCUGAAAUUGCAAAAAACUUGGAUAAGGAAGAAAAUUACCUUAAAACACAGAAAAGUGAGAAGUGGCAUAAGUUUAAGUUGUAGUACUAGAAGUAGUAUAAUAAUAUGUAGUUGUAGUAGUGAUAUUAGUAGUCAUGUAAGCAGUAGAAGUAGUUUUAGAAUAGAAGAAGUAGAAGUCAAAGCAGUGAAGCUUGUGGUAGAAGUAAUAGUGGCAGUAAAAGUUAGAGACGCAGUAAAAUAAUAUUUGGAGAAGGAAGAGUAGUGGAGGUAGAAGUGAAGAUACAAGUUGAAGUGAUAUUAGUAGUAAUUGUAGUAGUAAAUCUGGGAAUCUGUUUGAAGAAUUAAAAAAUGCAAAAUAAUGAGAAUGAUUUUGAAAUGGGAAAAAUUUGAAUAAUUACAAAUCCUCAAGUAUUAGACAAGUUUGAAGUAUUAGGUUUGAAUCGGUUUGAAUGAGUUUAAAUUUGUCUGAAGAAUUGAAUAAUCUAUUAAUAACAGGAUUAAUUUUUAAGUGGGGAAAAUUUAAAUGAAUAAAAAUCUUGAGUGCACCCCAUAAUGUCCUCAAUGAGCUGAAUUUUUGGAGCCCUGAAUGGUUUCUGUAGUUCAAAGUUUGUGGGAGGAGAUAGAGGUCGAAGUUUGUCAAGUGCUCUAGUGCUCUGUGUGCUGAGCGUGGCUUAAUGUGUCUCAUAUGGCCGUUAGAAGCAGCUUUCCAGUCAGCUGUGUGUCUCCAGGUGCACUAAUUGGUUGCCAUGGGGACCGUAGAUGCAUCACUACAGCAGGAGAAAGGAUGCUUGAAGCUGAGAAACCAAAUCCCAGACUAUGCCCUGAUGCUCAUCCUCUGUAACAGCUAUAUACAUGAUAAGGAACUUGUGAGAACCGCAAGAGUCUACUGAACAUAUUGAUACAAUUAAUUAACAAAAUCCUAAAUACACCCCAUAAUGUCCUCAAUGAGCUGAAUUUUUGGAGCCCUGAAUGGUUUCUGUAGCUCAAAGUUUGUGGAAGAGGAUAGGUGGUGAAGCAGAUACAUGGUCAAAGUGUGUGGAUGUAGAUCUUAUAGACAGAGAGAGACUAACGCACACACAUAUUUACUGUGUGUACAUGCAGGUGUCAUAGGCAGAGACACACAUGCACACACAUUGUCAGACUGUGUGUGUGUGUGUCUCGUUAAUGAUUGCAUCCUUUACAGCUGUGAGAUCAAAGGCAUUAACUGAACUACUAUUUGAAUGAGAAGCUGCCUAACUGCAGUGAAUUUAGGGCCUCUGAACUUCUUCACAUAGCACGAUUUGCUUAAAUCCCAGAAUGAAAAUAAGAACAUCGUAGUAAUCCUCCACCCCUCAUGAACCCAAUGAUGUGUUUUUCAUGUCUGUACUCUAAAAAAUGUGGCCACAACAGUGAGUCAAACAGGUCUCAGCCUGAGUGAUGAGCAGGAUUUUCUGGGAGAAAGAUUACAUUACCGUCAAUGGGAGGAAUCUCUGCUUUUUUGGACAGAUGGUCACCUGCUGGGCAAGGGGUACGAAUUAAGGAUUUGAAACCUCUUUUGUGAGAAGCAGGACUUAGUUUCCUCCAUUUUUAUGUAUUUUUUUAUGGCUGUGGAGUGUAAUUUGUGGGCGUAGGAGCGAUAUAUUCGAGCUAGGUUUUGUCGAUAAAAGUGGAGCUCUGCACUGUAGCUAUGACAUCGUCACUCUAGCUCUUCCAAUACACACCCAUUAUAAAGCCUGAAAUUUGCUGAAAACCAUGAGUUGCUUAAAGCUAAAUUGUGGGAAAACUGUAAAAGAUAUCAAAAAAUUGAAUACAACUCUAAUAGUCUACAAGUGAAUGAACAUUUUAAAGCAAAAAUGAGGUCUCUAGGUGAAAGUAUGCUUAAGUUAUCAGGCUCAGAAGGUGGAAGAAUAAAAGGAAAAAUUGGAAGAUUUCCCCAUUGACUUCAAUGUUAAAAUUUUGGCACAAAAAGUUAAAAACAAAAAGUAGAAAGGGUAGAAAGGUAAAAAAUACAAGUAGUCGUGUCCUGAAGGAGUGGAAUAGUUUAAAGUUUGAACGGUUGGAAUAGCACAAAGUGGGAAGGAGUUGAAAGUGGACAAAAAAGGUAUGGAAGAAUAAUAAGUUUAAUAAACAAAAAUGUCUGACGGGAAGAACAAUGCUUAAUCAGCAUUUCCACUUAGUAAUAAUAAUAAUAAUAAUAAAGAAAAAUGGCCGACAGGAAUAACAACUAAGAUAUGUCAGAUCAUGUGAAGUAAAUGUGAUCCAAACUGAUUAUUACCAUAAGAAGCCAUAGUCUGAUUUUGAAGGCCUCCCAAGGUUCAAACCUGCUCCUGCAUGAAGACUUUCGUGGUGUUCAGUAGUAUGUUGUUUCUUUGCAGAUGAGUUGCUCUUUCUUCCUGCCAGCUGCCUGUCAUGUAUCUGAGCUCAGUCUGUAGUAGGCUCAGUGAUAAUCGAGAUCCAGAUAUGCUUCCCGCGACUAAUGCACUGAGACUCACUAUCGCACUCUGCUGGAAAGUUCACCUCACACAGCCAAUUUCACAGUCAGUACGUUUACAUGACACUCAAGAAAACCAAAUUAUUGCCUCACUCCGAUUAAGACCAAACAACUGAAAUGCAUGUAAACACCUUAGUCCGACUAUAAUCAGAGUUUGAGACCUCCGACUGGAGUCAGAGAACUCCGAUUAGGACACCCAGAUAAUGUGAUUGGAAUUCGAUUUCCUCUACCAUGUAACCAACGUAGUCAGAGUGGCCCUCAUUUAUCAAGCUUGCGCAGAUCUGAGCACAGAUCUGAGCGCAGGAUCCAUCGUACGAUAGGACACACGUGAGAUUUAUGAAAGGGUUCGUAUCUGACCAAUCCCAGCGUACGUAUGAUUGGGUCUUGAUAAAUGCGGCGGCUGAAAUCGAUCAUCAUUAACAUGUUAGGCCCUUAAAUAUUCGUGGUUCAGAAGCCUCGCCCACUGAGGUCAACCAUGAAAGAGGAGAAAUAUCAGAAAGAUGCGAAACUUUCUCGAGCUGAAAGUGGAUAUCCUCACAUCUGUGGUGGAAACUAACAAGGAUUUUCUCUUUGGAAACAUCAAAACUGGUAUAAAAGCAGUCCAGAAAACUCCCGUCUGGAGCAGGAUUAUGGAGGUGCUGAACAGCGCUGCUGCAGAAUAGUGGAGAGUGGCAGAAGUUUAAAUAAAUCAUUAGUCAAUAAAUUGCUCAUGAUGAUGAAUUAAUAUCUCAUACAUGCCUCAUAUUUUUAUUGCCAUGACAUAGGGUACGUUGCUCCUAUUAUUGAAAGUAUUUAGUUUAAAUUUGUUGCGUCUUUGUAAUGUAGAGCAGACUGGAGAGUCUAACAGAGGCUGAACAAAAAUAAUUAUUAACGUCACCAAAAGGUGUGUCGCUGCCCCUGAGGCACAUUUUUAUGGAUUUCUAUUGGAUUUUUAUCACUGAUUAAAUAGCAAGAGCACUUUCUAAACUUAUUCUUUACAUGUCAGAAUCCAUCAAUAAGGUCCUGUCUCCUCUGUGCAGCACCUUCGUGGAGUCUCUCCUCGUUACUGUUCUCCGGGCAUCGGGUCCUUAUGUUGCACUGGCACAGCCAACGGCACUGUAUUCGCCAGUGCAACAUUGUGCAAAACUGUACUGGCCCAAAUGAUGUCCCACACCCUUUCAGGAGUGUACAACAACGUCCCCGCUGCUGGGCCAAGAUAGAGACACCUGCCUUUAAGGAGUCAAACGCAGCGCUCUACAGUAGCGCGUGUGCGUGUGUGCGUAAUGUUGAAACGGCGCUCCUGCUCUGUGGGAGUGUGUCUGGGCAGAGUUAUCAAAUAGGCCUAUUCACUAAUGACAUAAAUUUAUUUUGUUUUAUUUUAUUUACAUCUUAAUCUGUGAUAAAAUCCAGCUGAUUGUGCUUAAUGACAGUUUUGAAUUUCGCUUAUCAAUUAUUUUGAGACAGACAUUUGCUGCACCGCAGAUCCACACUGACUCAAACUUGCGUACACGAUGUCAGACCUGUCGUGAGAUUUGGUCGUAGCGUACGCUCACGUGCAGAUUGAUAAAUGCCGAUCCUCACAUCAAAAUUGUCCGCAAGGUGUACGCAAGUUUUCUGCCGUACGCAAGCUUGAUAAAUGAGGGCCAGUAUGAUCGGACAAUGCACGUGUGCGUGCGCCAUGCCUCCGUAAACCCAGAACAAAAACACCAGAGAAGAAGUGGUACAACAUGGUUGAAGCACAAAAAAAUGUUCACUUUUGGAGCGACGAGCAAAGUGGCGUUGUGCUUUCCCUCCUGAUUGAAAUGGACAUUUUAAAGCAUAUGGAUGGUCGCAAAACGAGGAAAGGAGACAUCUUUUAAAAAGGUCCGGAAACAGCGCCGCUGAAAAGACCCAUAUUGCCCCCAAGUUUUGGGGAGGAGGACAUGUUCAGGUCAAUAAUUCGAUUUUCUCAGCUGCAUGUAUACCUGGACAAGGAGAGAUGUCCGAUUCAGCUGAAAAAAAAAACUAAUAAUGAGCAUAGUCCGAUUAAGCUGUACAUUUAAACGCACUGAGUGUUUCUGUAACCCUAAAUGUUUAGACUUGCUCUUACAAGUGGAGGAAGUAUAAAGAAGUUUAACUCAUAGCUCUGUUGAUUCAGUCACUCCCUGUGGGCAAAGAGGUGCUUAUAAUCUUUGCCUAGUUUAUAGUGACCUCUCAGUUUGCUUAAGCAGGUAAUGAGGAGGCAAUAGUAGGAAUAUCAGUCUGAUUUAUAACCUCCUGAAAACUUCAGUCCAACUCUGAGAAGAAGCAUUGGAACAAGGGUGUAAACAGGCACAAGUUCAGCAGUCCAGCUGAUGCUGAAGUCGAACAAUGACCUGUGCUGCAUGUGUUUGAAAUAUCACAGUAAUUGAUGCAGAGUUAAUAAUCUGAGAGCAGGACAACCUCUUCAGCCUUUAAACCUGUUUAACUGCUGUGUUGUGUUCAGUGUGCGACAGUCUGUCCAUCAGUCCACCAAAGAGCCCAUUCCUCUGUCUGGACCUGGUCUACAUCUCAGUCUUGCUGCAGGAGCUUGGCUUCCCCCCACACAAACAGUUCAAGGUGAGAACCCACCAAGUCUGAGUCUGAACCAGCAGGUAGACUGUGGUGUGUUUAAAUGACGUGUGUGUGUGUGUGUGUGUGUGUGUGUGUGUGUGUGUGUGUGUGUGUGUGUGUGUGUGUGUGUGUGUGUGUGUGUGUGUGUGUGUGUGUGUGUGUGUGUGCGUGUGCGUGUGCGUGCGUGUGCAUUACAGCUGGCAAGGACCAUCAACCAGGUGGAAACCAGUUGGGCUCUUGGAGCGACUUUUCAUUACAUUGAGUCUUUAAAGGGACACUGAGGCUUUUAUUUUGAAAGGCUGAUAAUCUCACAAACACCCUGACUGCUCUGAGGACAUUCUGAACCUCUUGAAGUCCUGCAGACUCACACCGACCUCAGACUGUUAACCCCCCCAUGUCUCUGUGUGGAGCCUAACAUCUGCUGCCUCCUCUCCCAAAGCUGAUGUCUGGUGAUGUCACUGGAGUCUUUUAUUUAAAUCCAACUCUGCAGCUCGCUGUGUACAGAGUUCAAGCCAUGAAACAACUAUCAGAUGUCAACUCUGGAUAACCUUCAUUUAGCAGCAUGACUACAAAAACAGUGACCCAACAAACUCUUCCCUUAAGAAAUCAAAACGUAGUGCUUUUUAUCCCACCAUGUACUGAGGGACAGAGAUCAGUACUGACCUGCUGCUCUGAGAUGGAGAGGAAAAAAAGAGACCUCUGUGAGUAUUCUCAUAAACCAGUGUUUACAGAAAUGUGUGGCUGAGUAAAUAUUUCACCGUUUAGUUCAUUAUUUUUGUGACAAUGCUCAUGUCAUUUGUAAGCAUCCUGUGAGUCAGACAGCAGUGUUUGUUUUAAUGUUCAUGUCAAUCUAUAAAGCUAGCACAAGCAGCAGAGCCCUUCCUGUCACUCAGGCUAGGUUAAUGCUGAUUAUGCUGUUUUUCUAUCCAUUUUUCCCGUCGAUCUCAGACAGGAGAUGAAGUUCAGCUAAGUUUCUACUUUCUUUGCACGUUCUGCAGGGGCAUGCUCAGACUUUUUGACCUGGGUGGCCCAGCUGAGGUACUGACAUAGGUAGGGGUGGCCAGGGUGCCUUUGCACACGCAGAUUAUUAGCAUUUACCUUAUCUACUGUAAUGUCUACCAUGUAUUUAGAUGUUCAUAAUAAACAUCAAGUAUAUUUUUUUUAGGUCUAGUAAUAAGAUAAUUCUUCAUCAUUUCUCUGUAUCAUUACCACAUCAGGGAGAUCUGCAUUUUUACAACAGUCAAGGCAAAAAAAAACUAGCAUUAUCAGAGAACUCCUUUAAUCAGCAGAAUAAUCAAUUAAACACGUUUAGUAAAUUAUUGGAUACAUCAUAGUAUGUAAAACUCUCUAUAGAUUUGAUCUGCUGUCAAUCAGGAUGGACAAACAUCAUUGAAGUAGAAAUUUACAGAUGAGGAUGCCUCCAGUGUCUGUAGACAGGAUUUAUCUUUGGGUUAAUAGAAUGAGCCUCAGGAGCACAGAUCCACCUACUGAUGACCAUUACCUCAAAAUGCCAUUAACAGUGUGAUGUCAUUACAUUGUCCUGUUCCUCAGUGUUACCUCAGUCCUCACAUACACAUACACACAGCUACACAGUUGGCCUGAUGUCAGAAGGGUUUGACUUUAGGAUUGAGCCAAAGUUGUGAACUGCAGCUUCUCCAGUUUUCAGACUUCUGGAGUGUUUAGAUCUUCUCAGUCAGGUCCUUUGUUGUUUGAUUUAUAUUAUUUUUGAAUGGACAUGAAACUGCUCCCACAUCACCACCCUCAGCUGCAAGGCUUCAUUAAACAGUACAGCAUCACACCUAAACAGCCAAUCGGAUGCUCGGCUUCUUUAUGAACUUCUUAGGUAAACUUGACUGCAGAUUGGUUCGAUUUGAAGCGCUGAAGGACGAGUCAAACUCGUACCUUUCUGUACAUUCUGAACAAACCAACCUCAUAGGGACACUCCUCCUCAGCACAGACAUCAGACAGCUGAUUCCUCUGAGAACUCACCUCUACCCUCUCUACAGUAUUGAACUUCGCAUUGGAUUUAUAAUGACGUGUUUUAUUCCGUAAGUGAAGGUGAAAAGUCGAAUGUUUGAGUGUACACUUGAUGAUUGUUUGUGCCAAAAAUAUGAAGUUUAAAGUUUGGGUUUAGUUUUUUUUUUCUGUCAGAGGGAAACACUCAUAACUCCAAAAAUUAACUGUUGUACUCCAACAGGGGUGAACCUAUUCACCUCUUUCUCUGUGAAAUGUGCAGUUUUACGCCCUGAUCAUUUUCACAGACCAGAACUGAGUUGAUCAUGACAGGUUUGAUUUAUUCAGCUGUUCAUUCAGAGCCAUCGUCAUCUUUCCUCUAAAGUCAGCCCUGUUUUGCAAAGUUUUUAGAGUCCAUCUUAAACUGUCAGUAUGCUUAUUUUCUGGAGGAUUUCGCUGCAGCAACACAUUUUAUUAGAUAUGCUCUGGAGAAAGACACGUGUAAAGACGUGUGUAAAAAGUCACACUACUAUGGUGUCAGAUCUAAACACUCAUUUAAAUGUGAUCUUUUCUUUUGUAAGCUCUCACUUCUUCACAUGGCCAUCUCUGACCUCAUGAUGUUAAACUUAAUCUGUUUGCAUCGACAGCAGCUCUGAUUGUUUUCUACUCUGAAGGAUCUCCUGUUUUUAUAUUUGUGUGCGAUUGGAACGAAACCUGCAAUAAAUAAAAACCCGAAGGUUUCUGAACUUUGAAUAAAGAUUUGGUGGUUGUUUCUACAUCUGCACUUUAUUAAGCCUCAGAAUAUCUGUCAGCAGAGUGAAGGAUGUUCACCAUCCAAGCAUGUACUUUAUUUACAUCACUUUUUGACACUACAAUAAAAAAACAAAAACAUUGUUAGCAC